AGGGCGAAACAUAGUUAUCUCCAGAGGCUUCGACUCAACAGUGCGAAAAAAUAAAAUGGCGGCACUACAUUUACGCCACCUCACCCCUCUCGCCCCCUAUUUAUCUCCUCUCACCAAAUCACCCCUCCACUUCUCACCUUUCUACACACACUCAGUUCCUAGCAGAAACAAACGCUUCUCAACUUUAAUCAUGGCAUCUGCUGCUAGAAAGGUUUUGGUGCCGGUGGCGAAUGGCACGGAGCCGCUGGAGGCGGUGAUUACGAUUGAUGUGCUGCGGAGAGCGGGCGCCGAUGUGACGGUGGCGUCGGUGGAGAAGCAGCUCGGCGUUGACGCCUGCCACGGCGUUAAAAUCGUCGCGGAUGCUCUCAUUUCUGACUGCGCUGAUACUGCUUUUGAUCUUGUCUCUCUUCCGGGAGGAAUGCCUGGUGCAGCAACUUUCAAGGAUUGCAAAACAUUGGAAAGCAUAGUGAAAAAGCAGGCUGAAAAUGACCGGCCAUAUGCUGCAAUAUGUGCUGCUCCUGCAGUUGCGCUUGGCUCAUGGGGCCUGUUGAAGGGGUUGAAAGCAACUUGCUACCCUUCAUUUAUGGAUCAGUUAUCAUCCUCUGCAUCUGCUGUUGAAUCCAGGGUGCAGCAGGAUGGCAAAGUAGUCACAAGUCGUGGACCUGGAACGGCAAUGGAGUAUGCUGUUGCUCUUGUUGAACUGUUAUAUGGAAAAGAAAAAGCUGAUGAGGUUUCUGGACCCCUGGUCAUGAGAUCAAAUCAAGGGGAUGAGUAUACUUUCACCGAGUUAAACCCAAUCAAGUGGACAUUUGAUAGUUCUCCCCAGAUUCUUGUACCAAUUGCUGAUGGGACUGAAGAGAUGGAAGCUGUUAUCAUCAUUGACGUACUCCGGCGAGCAAAAGCUGAAGUGGUUGUGGCCUCUGUUGAAGAUAAACUUGAAAUUUUGGCUUCUCGGAAAGUUAAGCUAGUUGCAGAUGUUCUCCUAGAUGAAGCUGCCAAUCGUCCAUAUGAUCUGAUUGUGUUACCGGGUGGACUUGGUGGUGCUCAAACCUUUGCAAACUCAGAGAAGCUAGUAAAUCUGCUGAAGAAACAAAGAGAAUCAAAUAAACUUUAUGGAGCAAUAUGUGCAUCCCCAGCCCUAGUCCUUGAGGCCCAUGGCUUGCUGAAGGGUAAAAAGGCUACUGCUUUCCCUGCUAUGUGCAACAAACUUUCAGAUCCAAGUGAAGUAGAAAACCGGGUUGUUGUUGAUGGCAACCUCGUUACCAGCAGAGGGCCAGGAACUACCAUGGAGUUUUCCUUGGUAAUUGUAGAAAAGUUGUUUGGACGACAGAAAGCCCUUGAACUUGCCAAGACCAUGCUUUUCGUGCAGUAGUAGAGGUUGUAGGAUCUGUAUGUGGUGUCUAUGGUUGUAAUGCAUCUCACCCCGCAGCUCCAACUACUUUAGUGGGAACUUUGUUAACGGCAAUCAUAAACCUGUUGGCACCGGUGUGUGAUCUCUUGUCCUAUCCAUGAUCAUUAAUAAAUUGUGCACACGCGUUUGUGUUUCGUUA